AUGCCAGCAACUCCCCAGGCCGGGAGUAAUACCAUCACCAGCACCUCCAGUCACGAUCAUCAACGUUACGAACCAUCCGAAAGAAUUCAGAUUGAAAAAAAAAACAUGGACCCCAACACCAAUUCCACUCAACAGCGUUCAGCGGAAGACAUCCCACCUCCGGGCCCCGGUGGCCCUCCAGGAAAUAACCAGCCUCCCCCGCCGCCGCCCCCGCUGAACGAAACUUUCCCCCCUGGUGAAGACAGAUUAGGACCCAUGGUCAUUCUGCUCGUAGACCCGGGAAGCUUUCAAAUCCUCAACCUUGCCCAAGUGCCCGUAGAGCUGCGGGGAGAUGCCCUUGAUAUCAUGAGAUUGCUCCGCGCCAUGGACCAGUACGAAGUACCACCGGCCCCCCGGGCCAGAAUACCUAACUUGAGUGACCUGACCUUAAUAGAACCCAUGAUACAGACCCUCGAGCCCGAUGAUCAAGUGACCGUCCGCACAUUUUUCUCCGACGCGCACGCUGCAAUCACCGCCAGGCUGAUUCUCCCCCGUUCAACUUGGAAGUACAACGCUGGCGAGGAAAUGGGGGUUGCAUUCGGAGACAUAGCCCCGUUGCACCGGGUGUUCGCGGCCCUAACUUCCGAGUACGUGGAAGAAUUGAAUAGCUUCUUAGUCGCCCUAGCCCACACGGUGAGCAUCAAUAAUGUCGAUAGCCACAUAGAGCCGCACGAGCGCGGCAGAUUGCUUGUCCAGGCCUACUUGGAUGUGCAUACAGUAAUUCAUAGAUUCGACAUCGUCUCCAACGACCCGGCUAUGAGCCACAUGACUUCAUCACUCGCCUACCUUGCCACAUCAGUCAUCACUUCCACCUCCCUUGUCUUGAUGAAUGGCUACGAGGUACUUUAA